GACUUUGAGUCCUCCAAUAAAGUAAUACUUGUAGCGAACCUGUGUUCUGCCCGUCGGGCGAGUUCCCUGAGACAGCUCGCCAUACAGAGGGCUCCUUUGAUACUCGCUCAUCCUCCAUUAGAAAAACAUACUUUAAAAGUGAGACGGCAAUUUUUUUGAGGCGUCUGAGGUACGUCCGUAAUGAAAUAUGUUGAGUUUGCGUUCAUGAUUGGCACGAAGAGUCUAAAACUAGCUGCCAUACAAGAAGGCGCACAGCCCGUUGGCAAGGACUGACAAUAGGUAGAAUGAUCUUUGUCCAAGUGCAUGCUUUUGUUACUGAACAAGAGAAGUUGUAAACAAUAAAGCUAAGUAUCCCUUUAAUUGAAAACAGUUUAAACGGCUAUAGCGAAAUAUUUGCUUCAUUUAUACAUAUCGGUGGUCAAUAUAAAGCAAGUCAUGUAUGAUUGAUAUCUUUAUGGUAUCAACAACCACACUAUAUUCCCGUUAAAGUGGUGCCAAAAAGAAACAUUGAUGUCUUAAACUUAGCAAGUGCCAUUAAAGACAUAUUGCAUCCAUGGCUCAUCACUACUCCAAAUGACGCCGGGGCCGCAAAUUAAAAUGUUUUGAGCGACUUGGAAUAUCAUAUCUACAAAAAAUGGCUUAUAACACACUUAAGGAAAGUGAUUUGCUAUAACAUGUUGAAACUGUACCCUUGACUAACAACCAACGCUCCUGUUGAGGAACUUCUACUACAGUCCGAAUGCAAUUCCCACAAUAUUUGGCCUCAAGGUUGAGAUGGGCUACAAAACCGAAAGGGAGUACAAGAAACAAAAUCUUAAGAAGUCUUGAAAUUAAUUUUCUUCUUUAAACGAUCGCAGUAUUGCGGCUCUUAACCCAUACAACAUUUUAUUUUGUUCACGUGAGUCAUUUUUUCCCAAAAAAAGAAUGCCGUGAUUUUUGAUAGAAUAUAUAUGAUUGAAUGAACGUCAACGAGGGAAACAUUCUCACGGGAAUAAACUAGAUAAUUUACCCUUACAAAACAAUGAUGCAUCAUCUUCCUCUACAAUGAACAUAUAAGGAGGAGGAGACUGGACUUCACUGGACGGCAUUAGCGGCUAUCUGAUGCAGAAAUCUCACUCGGGAGUUUGCAGCUCGAGGAGACGGUUGAAAUUAAGUCUUGUUUCUCGUAGACUGUUAUUGUAAAGUGAUAAUGUUUUAUCUUUUUUCCCUAUCUAUCUAUCUAUCUGUCUAUCUAUCUAUCUAUCUAUCUAUCUAAAUAUCUAUUUAUUUAUUUAUUUUUAUUGAUUGAUUUAUUUAUUGCAGAUGAGAAAUCUGUACCACUUCAUCAACUCAACAAGUUAUCUUUUCGAGCCACCCUUCAGCCGCUUUCCGCCAAAAAUCAACACAAAAUCUUUCACCUUAAACCAGGUAUCCAUUUGGAAACCUUCAUCUCAAGACUGACGUUAGUUUCAUGAUUUAGUCACAAACUGUGAAUAAAUUCACUACAUUUUUUUAAUUUGAAUUUACAAUAAGCAAAUGAACUAAAUUUAUCUUGCUCCAACAAGUUUGAUACUCUGAUUAAUAUAAAAUAAAUUUUGACAGCUCUAGAGUGGCUGUAAGAAAUGUAUUUGAAUAUCUUCUCUGUAGCAAUUAAAAGAUAAUCUUACAAUCGCCCACGAGAAAAUGGAUAUUUUCAGAAGUCCGCUGUACAUGGCCUUAUCCUAUGAAGAAAAUCAAGGGUUACUGUACAAUUCGCUGGCUCAGGUGCUCUGGGAUAUAAGCACUGACAUCAAUGGGACAUCUGAAAUGCUUAAUCGUGCGGUAACAAAAUUUUGAUUUGAAUUGAAUUAUUAUGUAACCUUUUCGAAAUAAGUGACCCAAACACGGAGCACAUUUUUUGCAGGCCAAGAAUGAGAUACUAGUUUAAAGUGAUUUAUUUUAAAAUAAAUUUGCCACAUGUAUUUUUCCCGAGGUUUAGAGGUAGUCCAAAGGAAACGGCACAAGGAAACCCGACAAGGUAUUUCGCAUAUGAUUAAAACAUUUCACUUUUGAAGCCUGAAAGCUAUCCAUAUUUUCUCUCUGUUUUCACCGCAUAUCGUGAAAACCCCUUAGGCCAUCAUUUAUUUUGAAAGAUAAGAUGCAAAGCGAAAUAGAUAAUUUCUUAUUUUUAUUCCCCUCCAGGCCCUAGUUGUUGAGUAGCUGGGUAGCGCUAUCCAUCGGAUAAAUCACUAUCCAGUGGACAAGUAUCAGAAAACCAAUUGCGCUAUCUAUUGGACAGCGAUUAAGCGAUUAAGUUCAUUCAAAAUAAGUCUGAUAAGUCUGAACAUCUUUUGAAAACUUUUCAGAUGCAAAAGAACACCUUCCCUGUACCAACCACUGCAACUGGAAAUUUUACGGCACAGAUGAACCACAUCAUUCGUGUGUACCACCAAACACUGGUUCAAGGUAACUUGCUGGUAAGAUAA